AUAGAAAACACUAGUACUGUCCCCUCCCGGACAUCAGAGACAGACACAGUAGAGACGAGGCAGAGGCUUCUAGAUCUACUGCCAGCUCGGCAGCAACAAAGCCGAAGCGUCUCGCGUGCGCGGCCGCCACCGGGGAUUAGGGAUGGCGGCGAAGAAGGUGCUCAUGCUCUGCGGCGACUACAUGGAGGACUACGAGGUCAUGGUCCCGUUCCAAGCGCUGCAAGCGUAUGGGGUGUCCGUGGACGCCGUCUGCCCUAGCAAGAAGGCCGGCGACAUCUGCCGCACCGCCGUCCAUCAGCUGACCGGUCACCAGACAUACUCUGAGACAAAAGGCCAUAAUUUCACACUGAAUGCUUCAUUUGAUGAGAUUACUGCUAGUGAAUAUGAUGGAUUGGUAAUUCCUGGAGGGCGUGCACCAGAAUACCUUGCGAUGGAUGAAAAGGUGCUUGACCUAGUCAGAAUGUUCUCUGGUGCUAAGAAGCCUAUUGCAUCAGUUUGUCAUGGACAGUUGAUUUUAGCGGCAGCAAGAGUAGUCGAGAACCGUACCUGCACAGCAUUUCCGGCUGUUAAACCAGUUUUGGUUGCUGCUGGUGCCAAGUGGGAAGAGCCUGACACAAUGGCAAAAUGCACUGUUGAUGGCAAUCUCAUCACAGCAGCGACUUAUAAUUCUCAUCCCGAAUUCAUCAGCCUAUUUGUCAAAGCACUCGGAGGUUCAGUGGCAGGCUCAGAUAAGAGAAUACUGUUCCUAUGUGGGGACUACAUGGAGGAUUAUGAGGUCAUGGUCCCAUUCCAGGCUCUCCAAGCUCUUGGCUGCCAUGUCGAUGCCGUUUGCCCCGACAAGGGAGCUGGGGAGACGUGCCCGACAGCCAUUCAUGAUUUCGAAGGUGACCAGACCUACAGCGAGAAGCCUGGCCACGAUUUUACUCUGACAGCGUCGUUUGGAAGUGUGGAUGCUUCGAGCUACGACGCGCUUGUGGUUCCUGGCGGACGGGCUCCAGAGUACCUGGCUCUGAACGAUAAGGUCAUCAGCUUGGUGAAGGCCUUCGCGGAGAGCGGAAAGCCAAUCGCGUCGAUCUGCCACGGCCAGCAGAUAUUAUCCGCUGCCGGAGUCCUCAAGGGGAAGAAGUGCACCGCAUACCCAGCCGUGAAGCUGAACGUGUUGCUCGGUGGCGGGACCUGGCUGGAGCCUGACCCGAUCCACCGCUGCUUCACCGAUGGCAACCUUGUGACCGGCGCAGCCUGGCCAGGCCACCCAGAGUUCGUGUCCCAGCUCAUGGCGUUGCUCGGCGUCAAGGUUUCCUUCUGAAGUCCAAACUGAAAGGGCAAGGCAGAAAGAGCUCUGGCUCAACCUGGGGAGGGGCGUGAUAGCAUAGCUUUGGAUUUCCAGAUAGAAGAGAACAGACUCAAAACGACACCUUAUAGCGAUCGCUGCACUUAAUCCUUGUUCCAUGCGCAGCAAGCCUCAGGCUUAUUACCCUUGUUUGUCAGCGUUGUGUAAAAACUGUAACCCGGAUGCUGUUUCUUCUUCUUCUUCUUGGUUCCUUCUUUUUUCUGAGUCGUCCUUUGUGGAUUCAAAUAAUAAAUAAAGUCUUGUAUACUGCUGUUUGUUGA